GGUGGCGGGAUAAAAUGUUAGGGAUUGUUUCAUUCCUCAAUGGAGGAGAGAAGAGCAACGGGAAAAACAAAACACAUCAGUGCUAAAGUCCAGUGACGUGGCCGCAUACACAGAAGAGAAACAGAGCAGAAGAAGACUGCUAUGUGUUAAAAUGUCUGAUAACGAAGACUCCUCAAGUGACCAAACAGAGAAAUCAGUGGACCAGGAGCCCACAGCGGCAGCACCACCUCACAGAGAUGAGACUGAUGGAUCUGAUGUAGCACCAACCCGAAAAACCAGGAGAAGACCUGAGCAGAAACUUCCAGCAGAAGAGCAGGAGAACCCCGAGACACAGCAGACAACAACAACAACGAGUGCUUCAGAUGCCUCCACGGAGACGACUGUGUCCCAGGGUGGCUGGGGUUACUGGGGCAGUUGGGGCAAAUCUAUCCUCUCCACUGCUACUGCCACUGUGGCCACUGUUGGCCAAGGCUUGACCCAGGUCAUUGAGAAAGCAGAGUCGUCUUUAGGCAUCCCCAGUCCUGAGGAGCUGAAAGCCCAAGUGGAGGAGGAGGAAAAAAACGAUGAUUCAGCCAGCUCUGAGGCAGAUAGAGAUGAAAGUGAGAAGACGUAUGGAAUGGGAGGAGCAAUGGGAAUGAUCUCCUCCAGCAGUAUGGGAAUGUUGUCGUCUUUAACCACUGUGGUUCAGAGUACGAGUAAAACAGUAAUAAGCGGUGGCCUUGAUGCAUUGGAGUUUAUCGGGAAGAAAACCAUGGAUGUGAUUGCAGAGGGAGACCCCGGCUUUAAGAAAACCAAAGGACUGAUGAACAGAAACUCCACACUAUCACAGGUCUUGAGAGAAGCCAAAGAAUGCGAGGAGCAGCAAAAAGCUGAAAAUGCCACUUCAGAACCAAACAAAAAGGCUCAUUAUGGGAUGCUGUUCGACGAGUUUCAAGGCUUGUCUCAUUUGGAGGCUUUGGAGAUCCUGUCUAGAGAGAGCGAAGCCAAGGUGAAAUCUGUUCUGACAACGCUGUCUGGCGAGGAGCUGACAAAACUUAGAGAAGAUCUGCAGAAUAUUAAAGAGCCUUUUUCACUCAUGGAGUUUGACGAUGAGCUGGAGGAUGAUACGAAAUGUGAUGAUGGAGAGGACUUUGUGAAGGAACUAACAGAUGUUCUUAAAGGACUACAGAUUUCCACAUCAGCAGACAAACUCAGCAAGGCCAGAAAAAAUGCAUUCAACCAUAUCACAAACAUGAAACUACGAAGUGAAAACAUUGAGAAAGAAAAAGAGGACAAAGAAGAAGGAGAAGGAGAGAAAGAAGAAAGACAGAAGGAGAAGAACACAGAAACCGCAGAGACCGAAUACACAGUUGAGGAUGCCCAUUUGUCUGCCAUCACGAGUUUGGCCGAGUUCACAGCGAGGUCCAUCGAGCAGUUCCACAAAACAGCUGAAAUGUUGCUUUACUCUAACACUGAAGGGGCCGCGGCCCCAGAACAAGCAAAAAUCCUAUCACAAGUCACCAUUGUUAUUUGUAAGGAGGUCUCACUGCUAUCCAAAAAGUUUACAUCAUGUUUGACUACCAUUGGGGCGAAUGAAAAGGGAGAAGUUCUCAAUCCACUUAUCACCAGUGUUUUUCUGGAGGCAUCAAACAGUGCAUCGUAUAUCCAGGAUGCAUUCCAGCUCCUCCUGCCGGUGCUGGAAGUGUCUCAUAUUCAGAGGACGGUGGAGUCGUGAACACUCAGGAACACUUGACAGCAGAAAAACACCCCAACAUAAAACAGCAUUUGACAGAGGUAAAAUAGUAAUGCUGUUUACAUUCAAGGGGAUCUGGCAAAUCCGUAUGGAGUGCACAGCUUUCUUAUGAUUGAGUAUAUUUUUCGAUAGAUUCAAUGUCAGAAGUCUCUUCAUAGCUGACGGUGUAUAAAUAUAAAUAGACUGUAAUUUAAGCAUCUUUCAUGCGUAAAUGUAUAAUGAAAUGACUCAUCUUUUAAAAAUAAUUAUGCAAGUCAUACCAGUAUUAAUGUACAAAUAUCUUUUAAAUAAACAAUUGUUACAUGUC